GUCCAACGCCCAUCAAUGACCCCUGGCGGCCUGGAGGCGAGGCGCUCCCCGUUGAGGCGCUGCGAACCAUUGGACUUACACCACAUUUAUUAUAUUUCUUAAGUCCCUUUAUUGCAACAUACUUACUCGUGGACUCGAUUAUAACUUUUCAUUACAUUUUAAAAACAGGUACACUUUCAUUCAUUCUUGUAGGCUGAGACUGACUGUUUUGGAUAAAACGCACAAAAGGCGAUUUCGGGGUUCUGACGUAUUUUUUUGGGGGAGAAAAAAAAACGUGAGCCACACCAGGGGCACAGAACCAAUGCAUGCAGCUCAGCGAUUCGUGAUCGGGGAGUCAAACUCGAUCCCGCUCCCGAUGUUUACGUCGUUGGUCUGAUGCCCUCCUCCUCCUCCUUCCCUCUCCUCAGCAUCUCUUCCCUUCCCCGCAGAGGGCACCGGAUAUUUAUCCUCCGAUCCAGGGCCGUGGAGGAGGGAGGAGUCCUUGUGCAGCACUGGGACAGCGUCGGGCUCCGAACCCUCUGAUGAAAGGCAGCGGUCUCCAUCCAAACAGAAAUGGCUAUGGGGCUGACAUCGAAAAAAGCGUCUACGCGAAGCGUCUGUGUGGAGCGCAAGAACCUGAUCACGGUCUGCAGAUUCUCUGUCAAGACGCUCCUCGAGAAAUACACAGCCGAGCCCAUCGAUGACUCGUCGGAGGAGUUCCUCAACUUCGCUGCCAUCUUAGAGCACAUUCUCAGCCACCGGUUCAGAGGGUCAGGAGGUUGGUUCAGCUCGGACGGCCAGCGCAGCUUCUGGGAGUACAUCCGGCUGGCCUGCAGCAAGGUGCAGAACAACUGCAUCGCCAGCAUCGAGAACAUCGAGAACAUCAGCACAUCGCGGGCCAAGGGCCGGGCCUGGAUCCGCGUGGCCCUGAUGGAGAAGCGUCUGUCGGAGUACAUCGCCACCGCCCUCCGAGACACACGGACCACCAGGCGGUUCUACGACGACGGGGCCAUCAUGCUGCGGGAGGAGGCCACGGUCCUGACCGGGAUGCUCAUCGGGCUCAGCGCCAUCGACUUCAGUUUUUGUCUAAAGGGUGAAGUUCUGGAUGGGAAAUCUCUGGCCAUGAUUGACUAUACACCAUACCUAAAGUUCACUCAGAGCUACGACUACCUGAGCGACGAGGACGAUCGCACAAGCGUGGACAGCAGCAACAGCGAGGAGAGCGUCCCCGAGCACCCCUACAUCCCCCUGGUCACCGACGAGGAGAGCUGGAGCAAUAAGUGCCGCAAGAUGGAGCAGAGGUUCAAGAUCGUCUACGCCCAGAAGGGCUACCUGGAGGAGCUGGUGCGGCUGCGGGAGUCGCAGCUGAAGAACGUGGAGACGGAGAACAAGCACCUGCGGUCCCGACUGGAGGAGCUGACGGAGCAGAGCCUGCAGGAGAAGAAGGAGCUGGAGGACGUGGUGCUGGAGCUGCAGGCGCAACUCUCUGGCCUCAUCCCCUGUGAAUCCAAUCACCUGUCCAAGGAGAUCUCCAUCCCCCAGGUGAACCAGUGGACCACCAUCAACAACAGCCAGGGAGACAUCAAGCUCUUCCGCAGGAGGAGCUUCCCCAGCCUGGAGCAGCUCUCGGUGGACGUCAGCCUCAACUCCAACUCCCAGCGGACGGACAGCAAGCAGAACGGGAAGGACUGCACCCCUUCCAUGCUGGGGCUGUGCGGAUCGCUGGCCUCCCUCCCCAGCUCCAAGUCCCUGGCCAGCCUUAAGUCCAGUGAGUGCUUGGUGAACAUCAGCACCGACCCCAGCCCCGCGUCCUCCCCCAGCUAGGAGAGGCACUAGGGCCGACGAAUGGG